AUUUGAGUUUAUUUCAACACACGCUGGGGUUCAAAAUACAUGGAAUAUGUAAACAUCUGAACAUGUAAUUUAAUUUUGCUAAUAUGGAAGUCUAUUUGCUAAUAUAAAUCUGAUUUUUGAUUUCAAAUAUUUUUAUCUUCUCCCUUAGAUUCCACUUAAGGUAUAAGAUGUCCCACAAAGACUAACAAGAAAAAAGUAGAAUAAUUUAGAUAGAAAAUAUAUUCCAUUACACAUCAGGGCUGUCUUUUAUAUACCAGAAAGAUAUUAUGACAUUAAAUAUAUUUUAUAGAUACAUAUCAUUUCCUCAGACUCUACUUGGAAGAUGCAAAAUUUUCUUCCUACAAAGUUAGAAAUGGUUUUGAAUAUUAGUGAAAUAACAAUAUUCCUUCUUAUAACUGGACUUGGCACUAUGGUGAAUAUUUCUGUCUUUGUGAAUCACAUAGGUGCUUUUGUGGGUUCUGGAAAGAAAUCUAUACACCUUAUUCUCAUGCACUUGGCCUUUACAAAUAUUAUAAUGCUUUUCUCCAAGAGCAUACCAACGACAAUUGCAGCUUUAGGUCUGAGACACUUCCUAGGUGAUGUGGGCUGUCACAUUAUUGUUUAUCUAGAAAGGAUGGCCCGAGGCCUCUCCAUCUGCACCAGCAGUCUCCUCACGGUGGUCCAGGCCAUCAUCAUGAGCCCCAGAGACUCCUGGUGGGGGAGGCUCAGACUGAGGUCCACAUGGUAUAUGCUUCUCUCCCUGAUCUUCUUUUGGAUUCUCAAUUCCUUGAUCAGCAUGAACCUCCUCCACUCCAUCAGAAACAGAGUCACAAAUACAUUACAACUGAGUAACAAUAGUUUAUACUGUUUUUUCAAAAAAGAAAGUCAGAAAAUAAACAGCAUGUUUCUCCUUCUUAUGGUCCUGAGAGAUGCAGUGUUUCAGGGAGCCAUGGGAGGGGCCAGUGGCUACAUGGUAUCUCUUCUCCACAAGCACCACCAGCAUGUCCUCUACCUUCAGAAGGCCAGGCUUCUCUACAGAACUCCCCCUGAGCUGAGAGCUGCCCAGAGUGUCCUCCUUCUAAUGCUCUGUUUUCUUCCCUUCUAUUGGGCAGAUUGUGCUGUCUCUUUGUAUUUAUCAUUCUCUUUGAAGAAUGACUCCUUCACAAUGCAUUUUCAAGAAUUUCUGACCCUUGGUUAUGCAGUUCUCAGCCCGUUUAUUCUGAUUCACAGGGAAGGACACCUGGCUGAAUGUUGGCAUGAUCAGUAAGAUUGGAGGAGCCAUGUUGCUUCAGAAAAGGAGAUUUGAAACGGCUCUUAGUAUUUUCUAUGCCUUGUGUAUGUUUUUUAAUCAAGUAAG